AACAUGAAUAUGCAUGAUUAUAAUACAGCCAGGACAAAUUUGUAUCCUCUUAGAUCAAAUACUACGCCACAGUUAAAUAUGGUCUCGAAUGCUAAUCAAAAUGGUUUUGGUGGCAUUGGUGCACAAUCAAACCCUAUGAUAUAUCGCCGCAGCUUGGAGAGUUGCAGCAACAACAUGAUGUAUCAACAGAUGCAACAUUUGCCAGCUCAGUCCACGUUGCCCCCUUUAAAGCCUGUAAUAAAUCAAACGCCGAAUAAAAAUUUAGGCGAUGUUUUAACUAUAUGUGCUGGAACACAAACAGAUGCAUCGUUGGAUUCUCCCACAAAUCUACAUACCGGAACGUUGUCAAAUUUAGCUUCCAAAAAAGAUGUGGAUGAAGUUCGACAAAUGUUGGAAGAAAUGAAACAUGAACAACAGCGUAUUGUAAAAAUGCUAGAAACACUUUUGUUUAGCCCACAGCAACAACAACAAAUUACAGUGAAACCCCAAUCAAAAGAUAUCGGUGUGCAAGUGGAUUGUAUAGAAAACGACAAAUCUCCCUAUGUAAAUGGUGGCAUUGUUUUAACACAAGAUCAACCUGACAACCUGCAGCAAUCUGUGCCUAAAAAUAAGUUUCUACAACAUUUGAAGCCCAAUAACAAUAUUUUGCAAACGCCCAAAGGUAAACCUAUGGCUCAAUCAACCACCUAUCGACCAAAUUCUCCCCAACGCCAACGUUUUGAACAAGAUCUACCAGAAAUGGCCUCGGCGCCAAUAUAUCAGCAAGUAAAUUGCAAACCUCACCCUGUAAUGCAUAAAUCAGCCUCCGACACGAGCCUGGCAAUGAAUGAACUUGCGCUUAAAUAUUUGCCUAAUGAAAAGUUGGCUGAAUUGUUAAAUGAAUUAAACAUGGAUUGCCCAUUAGCAGCAACUGCCAACGGAAAGCCUUCAUUAGCAGCUUCAAAUGUUCCCACAACGCCAAUAAAAGGGAAUGUGGAUAAAUUUGAGAAGGGCCCCUCUGAUAUAUCAAAUGCUUCAUAUAAAUAUCUAAAGAAAUAUAGGCUUUUACCAGAAGAUCAUGUAGCUAAUGAUGGAAAUGGUGGGGUAGAGGGGAACAUGGAAAAUGCCAACGAAAACCAAAUGCCAGAAUAUAACUCACCACAAUACAAUAAUAUACGAAACACACCUAUUCAUCAAAGACAAACACCUACAAACAAAUGUUCACCAUACUCUGGGCGUUUGCCUUUAUCACCACUGGCCAGAGCAUCACCACCGCAUUUGCAGUCUGCUGUGCCACAACAUAAUGUGAAUUUGGAGAAUAUAAAAUAUCAACCGAAAUUCUUAUAAUCCUCAUAGAGUAAAGCUGUAAUUGUUUACACAGUUUUAGUGAGUGUGUGUGCGUUGCUAAGUGGUGGGUUUUUGUUUACCACAGCUGUGGUUUUUUUCACCUCGUCAAACAGCUGAUUGAAGUGGGCCACCACUAUCAACUCUCAGACAAAAUAUAAACA